GUGUGGGUCUUUCUUCCUGUCUGCAUGUCCAUGUCUUUUGUAUUUCAGCGCUGAAUGAAUGUGUGCUUGCUGGGGGUUGCGGUGUGUGUUUAGAGGGUUAAGGUUCAGUGUCCUUCAAAGAUGAGUGUGUGUUUGCUUUGUGGACUAGCCUGCCGGCAGAUUUCUCUGACUUAGCCACUUAUGAUGGGGAUUUCUAACAUGUAGGCUAUGUGCCAGAAAGUAAAAGUUUGGGAAAGAGCAAUUGUUUUUGAGAACAAAAGGGAUGAACACCUACUGAAGAAGAGAAAUGUCCCGCAGGAGGAGAGUCUGGAGGACUCUGAUGUCGACUCAGACUUUAAAGGACAAAACGUUACGCUUGAUGCCAUCUUACAGAACGCUACCAGUGAUAAUGCAGUUGUCCAGCUCAGUGCUGUACAGGCAGCCAGAAAACUGCUCUCGAGUGACCGAAACCCUCCUAUCGACGACUUGAUAAAGUCUGGGAUCCUGCCCAUUUUAGUGAAAUGCCUGGAAAGGGACGACAACCCAUCUCUUCAGUUUGAGGCAGCUUGGGCUCUGACCAACAUUGCCUCUGGGACGUCAGCACAGACUCAGGCUGUGGUUAAAUCCAAUGCAGUGCCCCUGUUCCUGCGACUGCUGCACUCUCCCCACCAGAACGUAUGUGAACAGGCAGUAUGGGCUUUAGGAAACAUUAUAGGUGAUGGUCCACAGUGCAGGGAUUAUGUCAUCUCCCUGGGCGUGGUCAAGCCCCUGCUCUCUUUUAUCAACCCAUCAAUCCCCAUCACCUUCCUCCGCAAUGUCACCUGGGUCAUUGUUAACCUCUGCCGCAACAAGGAUCCCCCGCCACCUAUGGAAACUGUGCAAGAAAUUUUGCCCGCCCUCUGUGUGCUAAUAUAUCACACCGAUAUAAAUAUCCUAGUAGACACAGUGUGGGCUCUGUCCUAUCUGACGGACGGGGGCAACGAGCAGAUCCAAAUGGUCAUUGAUUCUGGAGUCGUUCCAUUUCUUGUGCCUCUCCUUAGCCAUCAGGAGGUCAAAGUUCAGACAGCAGCUCUGAGGGCGGUGGGCAACAUUGUGACAGGAACAGACGAGCAGACGCAGGUUGUGCUCAACUGUGACGUCCUCUCACACUUCCCCAACCUGCUCACACACCCUAAAGAAAAGAUCAACAAGGAAGCAGUUUGGUUCCUGUCCAACAUUACAGCUGGGAACCAGCAGCAGGUCCAAGCUGUGAUCGAUGCUGGGCUGAUUCCUAUGAUCAUUCACCAGCUGGCUAAGGGUGACUUUGGUACACAGAAGGAGGCAGCGUGGGCCAUCAGCAACCUCACCAUCAGUGGGAGAAAAGACCAGGUGGAGUUUCUGGUGGAGCAGAAUGUCAUCCCCCCGUUUUGUAACCUGCUGUCGGUGAAGGACUCACAGGUGGUGCAGGUGGUCCUGGACGGCCUGAAGAACAUCCUCAUCAUGGCAGGGGACGAAGCCAGCACUAUUGCUGAGAUCAUAGAGGAGUGUGGAGGUUUGGAGAAGAUAGAAAAUUUGCAGCAGCAUGAGAAUGAAGAUAUCUACAAACUAGCCUUUGAGAUCAUUGAUCAGUACUUUUCAGGAGAUGAUAUUGAUGAAGAUCCAAGCUUGAUCCCUGACACCACUCAAGGAGGGACCUUCAACUUUGAUCCAGCUUCCAACAUGCAAACAAAGGAGUUUAAUUUCUAAAAGCCAGGAUGUUUGGUUCAAAUCCAGCUGCACAGGUACUCUGUAAUCACUCCAGACAUUCAUCCAUCUCUCCUCAAACCUGGCAACCUGGUACCGAAGGAUUUACUUCCCAUCACUUCAACAAGGAAACUCACCACUGAAGGAUUUACCCACCCCACCUCUGCACUACGGGGUUUUUUUUUUAAUUUUUUUUUUGUUAAUGGUCAUCCUUCACCAAACAUGGCAACCCACCAUAGGAGUCCUGGUCUUACAACAGGCACUCUUACCAUCUGGCAGCCUGCAUCAGGAGGGUUGUCAGUUUUCUCUGCCAGUGCUUUGAAAUAUCACACAAAAACCACAAUAAAACCAGAAGGAAGAAAAAGCCUUCGUGGCAAGAUUUAAUUGCCAAAUGUCAAGUCUUCACUAAGACAAAAACACAAGCACAUUUCAAACACACAUAUAUACACUUUUUGACACUUAGGAUUUGUGUGCAUACUUCUGUUAGAAGCCAUCGUAUCACUUAUGGGGAAGAAAUACUGCUGUUUGUUAGUGGUUUAUUUUUGUGCUUUCCCUCCCCUGGAUUGUCCUCUGGUGUUACUUCACCUACGUGCACGCACACUGACAUACAAGUACACACGUCACCACACUUAAUUCACACAGAUUCCCGAUAGCCGGGCACCCCAAUAACCCUCUCUCACCCAGUUUAAAGAGUUAAUCCCAGAGCUAAGCCAUGAUCAACCACGGACCCCCACCGCCCUCCCAGGAGGGAUGAAAGGGCUCCAAGGCAUACAGAGGACUCCGUGGCACACUGACUGACGGGACUUCUGACUCAAUGACGUCACUUUUUUUUUUAAUGUGACCUCUGUUUAAUUAUCAACAUUUGUUUAAAAAAAAAAAAAAAAAAAUUAUCAAAAAUGUGAAGAAAAUGCCAUUUCUUUUUUUUUUUUUUUGUCUUUUUUUCAAUACAUAAAACUGUAAACCCUGCUAACUGCCUGCUUGUGAUUCAGCAGAGCGGAUGUCAAUACCUGUCACGGGAGGAAGCACCUUUAGGCGAAGGCGCAGAGACUUAAGAGAAGAGGAACAUGUCUGCUGUAGCGUUUACCCCCCCCCCUCCCCCCAGCUCGGUCACGUCCUGUGAUCCAGUGAAGUGUUUGCUUGGGACUCCCCUGUAAUGUGAAACUUGGAAAGGGCGUGGGGGAGUGGUGCAUUUAACAAAACAAAAGUUGAGCUAAAAUCAACCCGAAUUGCUUACCUGACCUUAUUUUAAUUCUUUUAAAUGCUCUCUUCAAACAAAUAUUUUAGGUUCAUGUUUCAGCUUCUUCUGGUUGAGUCUGUGGAGCUUCCAUAUGUCGGUUUUACUUUUUACUUUUCUUCAGUCUUAUGCACACGUCUGAGAAGGCAUAUUGAUGUCUGCCUGCAGAAAGGGACCUAUACUCCUUAAAGACUAGACUUAUAUAACGAGUACAGGUCCUGAUUACAGUACUUAACUACUUUUCGAUGAAAAGGUCACAUGUCAUCACUCUAUUUGAAUAAUUGUACAAAAAUGUGAUGUGUAUCUCUCCUUGCCGUCUAAUGAAUUAUAUGAAUAUAUUUACAUAAAGCCUGUACAAAGCUGCUGCAGCUGACAGUCAUUGGAUGGACGAUAACCUUACUGUCAAAGAUGGCUGGGGAGGGGUUUAUUUUGUUUAUGUUGAAGCAAUAUUUCUUUGUUUCAAUGUUUUUAUUUUUGACUUGCAUAUGUAUUGUGAUGACAUGCUGAUGAAUUGGAACAGGCUGUUUUUUUUUUUUUUUCUCUCUUCGUAGUGGUGACGGGCUGUUUAAAAUGUGCCGUCCCAUGUCCCAGUUGGUAUGGGUGAGGGUUCCAUGUGUCAAAGUUUGAACCCGACCCUAGCCCUGGUCUCGAAGACUCUGAUCCUCUAGUUGGCUGCUAACUACUGAGAGGGGAUCAGGACAGGUGGGGAGGGGUGUGGGUGGGGGAGGGGGAUGGGUCAUACUGGGGUUUUAAAUAUUGGGUUGGGUUGUUAUGAGCAGCCCAAGCUUGUUUUUGGGACUAGCUGUUUAAUACUGAACAAAACUAUAGAGAGGGUGUACAGUCAUGAACUAGCAGACUAGACCGAGCCACUUUAAAGAUUUACAAUUUUGUUGCCUUGUAUCUGAAUUGGAUACAAGCUUAUGUUUGUUGCAAGAUUUUUACUUGCUAAUGAAAAGUUGUUUUAAAUAAAAUAAUAGGAGAAGAGCAACAGACAGCGUUUUGGCCUCUGAUUGUUUAUAUCUUUUUAUAAAUUUAAGAUUGAAUUCCUCUCUUUAAGGUGGCUCAUUGAUGCUUUCAACUCUUGUGCAUAUUAAAGACAAGAAUGAGUUGAAAAUCAUUGUGCCUUUUGUUUUUCAUUUCAACUAAAACUAGGUUUUAUUGAAUAGAAACGAUUCUUUGAGCAACUGGAGAAUUUUGGAGUUUGCCAUGGGAAUGGUCCAUUCUGCUCUCUGCUGUUGAGAGUAAGUGCUCCCCUCCAAUCUUAUUCACUGAACAUUGUAACACACCAUUUCUCCCACUCAUUUACCCCACAAAUAAUCAUUGCCAUAUUUCAGGGGAUUUUGAUAUCCUUUCCUCAUCUCACCCUCAGGACAUGAUCUGUGUUUCUGAUCCUAACCAAAAUAAACUUGCUGUUUAGCCGUUGAAUCCUU